UUUGUUUUAAGCCUCUGUCGUGACUCCUGCUGCUCAUUUUUAGUUGUCUUCUCAGUCGCAGGAGAGCCAACAAUCAGUGGAACUAUACCAACAGCAGUCCCCAAAAUACAAUCCUCAGCCCUCUCCUUCCCUCUCGCUUGCCUCCAUCCAGGGUUUUAUGCUUUUUGAUUCUGAUUGAAGGUGGUAAUGGACAGCCAGCUUCUGCGUUUCAAUCAGAGUAACUAUCUGCUUAACUCCAAAUCCAACUCUUCGCUGCGUUUUCGAGUUAUUGGGCCUGCUCCUAAGGUCACAUAUCUUCAGUCUCAUUGCUCUUCCCGAGUUGGCUUACUUGAUGAAAGAGAGUCGGAAUUUAUGCUGUGUUCAGGUGGGUUCGGGUCUAAGGGGAUAAAGUGUGCAAUGAAGUCUUAUAAAUUGUCAGAACUUUCUCUUUCAGAGGUUGAGAACCUCAAGGCUCGACCUCGAAUUGAUUUCUCUUCAAUUUUCACUACGGUCAACCCCAUUGUCGAUGAUGUUCGCAAAAGAGGUGAUUCUGCAGUUCGAGACUAUACUGCAAAGUUUGACAAAGUUGAUUUGGAUAAGACGGUUGUAAGCGUUUCCGAGCUUCCAGAUCCGGAGCUUGAUCCUGUUGUAAAAGAAGCAUUUGAUGUUGCAUAUGACAACAUCUAUGCAUUUCAUUUUGCUCAGAAAUCAGCUGAGAGAAGUAUAGAGAACAUGAAAGGUGUGAGAUGCAAACGAGUGGCAAGAAGUAUUGCUUCUGUUGGUCUUUACGUUCCUGGGGGAACUGCAGUUUUACCUUCAACUGCUCUGAUGCUUGCAAUUCCUGCAAAGAUUGCUGGAUGUAAAACUGUUGUUCUAGCAACUCCCCCAAGUCAUGAUGGCAGCAUAUGCAAGGAAGUACUAUACUGUGCUAAGAAGGCUGGUGUCACUCACAUCCUUAAAGCUGGAGGAGCUCAGGCUAUAUCUGCCAUGGCAUGGGGAACAGAAUCAUGCCCAAAGGUUGAAAAGAUAUUUGGCCCUGGAAAUCAGUAUGUUACAGCUGCAAAAAUGAUUCUCCAAAACAGUGAAGCCAUGGUGUCAAUUGACAUGCCUGCGGGACCUUCUGAAGUUCUUGUCAUUGCUGACAAAUAUGCUAGCCCUGUUCAUAUAGCAGCUGACUUACUAUCUCAGGCUGAGCAUGGCCCUGAUAGUCAGGUAGUUCUUGUAGUCACGGGAGAUGGUGUAGAUUUUAAAGGUAUAGAGGAUGAAUUAAAGAAGCAAUGCAACGACCUACCUAGGGGAGAAUUUGCUGCCAAAGCACUUGGCCACAGCUUCACCGUAUUUGCUCGUGACAUGGUCGAGGCUGUCUCCUUUUCAAACUUGUACGCCCCAGAGCAUCUAAUUGUUAAUGUUCAGGACGCAGAAAAAUGGGAGGGUUUCAUUGAGAAUGCAGGGUCUGUGUUUCUGGGGCCGUGGACGCCAGAGAGUGUGGGAGAUUAUGCAAGCGGAACAAACCAUGUUCUUCCCACAUAUGGUUAUGCACGGAUGUAUGGUGGUGUAUCUCUGGAUUCCUUCCUAAAGUACAUGACAGUGCAGUCUUUGACAGAAGAAGGUCUGAGAAAGCUUGGUCCACAUGUGGCAACAAUGGCUGAAGUUGAGGGCCUUGAGGCGCACAAGAGAGCCGUAACCCUUAGACUCAGGGACAUUGAAGCCAAACAGGUCAGCAUGAGAUGAUAAUUUGGAACAGUUCACCAUAUAUCAUUUAUGUUGUUGUAUCUAAGGAUUUUAAACCUAUAGAAGAUAUUUUGUUUUUUGAACAUUUAAUUUAAUAAUUGAUGACUGCGUGAUGUAGAACAUUUGCUUUCAGCGGGAGAAGCGAAUAUAAAGUGAAUCCAUCAUUACGCAUCAAUCAGACGUAAAGAUUUGGGAA